AUGUGGAAAAGGUUUCUUUGUCGGGAUGGGAUCCCUUCUCAGUGCCCCAUAAUUGCCUUAAAUUUUUUGUUCAUUAUCUAUCUAUCUAUCUAUCUAUCUAUCUAUCUCAUUUUCUUUCUUUCUUUCCUUCUUAGUUUUCUUUCUUUCUUUAUUUCUUUCUUUCUUUCUUUCUUUCUUUCUUUCUUUCUUUCUUUCUUUAUUCCUGAAAUAGUUUCCUGUCUUUUUACCUUCUAUCUUGCAAUAACAAUUUUCUUUCUUUCUUACUUUUUACUUUUCUUUCUGUUGUGGUUUCUUUCUUCCUUUUCUUUCUUCCUUUUCUUUCUUUCAUUCUUUCUUUCUUUCUUUCUUCUUAAAACAUUUUCUUUCUUUCGUUUUUCCUUUGAUUCUUUUCUUUCUUUCUUAAAACAGUUUUCAUUCGUUCUUUCUUUCAUUUGUCUUGAAAUAUUUUCUUUCUUUCGUUUUUCCUUUGAUUCUUUUCUUUCUUUCUUAAAACAUUUUCUUUCUUUCGUUUUUCCUUUGAUUCUUUUCUUUCUUUCUUUCUUUCUUAAAACAUUUUCUUUCUUUCGUUUUUCCUUUGAUUCUUUUCUUUCUUUCUUAAAACAGUUUUCAUUCUUUCUUUCUUUCAUUUGUCUUGAAAUAGUUUUCUUUCUUUCUUUUCUUUCUUUCGUUUUUCCUUUGAUUCUUUUCUUUCUUUCUUUCUUUCUUUCUUUCUUAAAACAGUUUUCAUUCUUUCUUUCUUUCAUUUGUCUUGAAAUAGUUUUCUUUCUUUCUUUCUUUUCUAUUCGUUUUUCUUUUUCAUUUUCUUUUUUCUUAAAAGUUUUAUUCGUUUUCUUUCAUUUGUCUUUUCGUUUUUCCUUUGAUUCUUUUCUUUCUUUCUUAAAACAGUUUUCAUUCGUUCUUUCUUUCAUUUGUCUUGAAAUAGUUUUCUUUCUUUCUUUUCAUUCGUUUCAUUUUCUUUCAUUUGUCUUGAAAUUUUUUUUCUUUUCUUUCAUUUUUCCUUUGAUUCUUUUUUCUUUCAUUUUCUUAAAACAGUUUUCAUUCUUUCUUUCUUUCAUUUGUCUUGAAAUAUUUUUCUUUCUUUCAUUUUUUCCUUUAUUGAUUUCUUUUUUCAUUUUUCUUUUUCAAACAGUUUUCAUUCGUUCUUUCUUUCAUUUUUUUUUUUUCUUUGAUUCUUUUCUUUCUUUCUUAAAAAAGUUUUCAUUCGUUUCUUUCAUUUUCUUUAGUUUUCUUUCUUCGAUUCUUUUCUUUCUUUCUUUCUUAAAACAGUUUUCAUUCUUUCUUUCUUUCAUUUGUCUUGAAAUAUUUUCUUUCUUUCGUUUUUCCUUUGAUUCUUUUCUUUCUUUCUUAAAACAGUUUUCAUUCGUUCUUUCUUUCAUUUGUCUUGAAAUAGUUUUCUUUCUUUCUUUUCAUUUUCUUUUCUUUCUUUUUUCAUUUGUCUUGAAACAGUUUUCUUUCUUUUUUUCCUUUGAUUCUUUUCUUUCUUUUCUUAAAACAGUUUUCAUUUCUUUCUUUCAUUUUGUCUUGAAAUAUUUUCAUUCUUUCUUUUCUUUCAUUUGUCUUGAAAUAGUUUUCUUUCUUUCGUUUUUCUUUGAUUCUUUCCUUUCUUUCUUAAAACAGUUUUCAUUCGUUCUUUCUUUCAUUUGUCUUGAAAUAUUUUCAUUCGUUUUCUUUUUUUCUUUCAUUUGUCUUGAAAUAGUUUUCUUUCUUUCAUUUUUCCUUUUGAUUCUUUCGUUUUUUCUUUCUUUUUUCUUUAAAACAGUUUUCAUUCGUUCUUUCUUUCAUUUUUUUUCUUUCUUUCGUUUUUCCUUUUUUCAUUUUUCUUUCUUUCUUUCUUUUUUCUUAAAACAGUUUUCAUUCGUUCUUUCUUUCAUUUGUCUUGAAAUAGUUUUCUUUCUUUCUUUUCUUUCUUUCAUUUUUUCCUUUGAUUCUUUUCUUUCUUUCUUAAAACAUUUUCUUUCUUUCAUUUUUUCCUUUGAUUCUUUCCUUUCUUUCUUAAAACAGUUUUCAUUCGUUCUUUUUCUUUCAUUUGUCUUGAAAUAUUUUCUUUCUUUUUUUUUUUCCUUUGAUUCUUUUCUUUCUUUCUUAAAACAGUUUUCAUUCGUUCUUUCUUUCAUUUGUCUUGAAAUAGUUUUCUUUCUUUUCUUUUCUUUCUUUCGUUUUUCCUUUGAUUCUUUCCUUUCUUUCUUAAAACAGUUUUCAUUCGUUCUUUCUUUCAUUUGUCUUGAAAUAUUUUCAUUCGUUCUUUCUUUCAUUUGUCUUGAAAUAGUUUUUCUUUCUUUCAUUUUUUCCUUUGAUUCUUUCUUUCUUUCAUUUAAAACAGUUUUCAUUGUUUCUUUCUUUCAUUUUUUUCUUUCUUUCGUUUUUCCUUUGAUUCUUUUCUUUCUUUCUUUCUUAAAACAGUUUUCAUUCUUUCUUUUUGUCACUCUUCUUGAAAUAAGUUUCUUACUGUCGUUUUUUCCUUUCUUUCUUUCAUUCUAUCUACUAUCUAAUUCGUUCUGUCUUUCUUUUUUCUUUCUUUUUUUUCUUUCCUUCAUUCUUUAUUUACUUUUCUUUCUUCUUGACAUAAUUUUCUUUCUUUCUUUCUUCAUUGCAUCCUUUUUUUUAAAUAGGUUUCUUUCUUUCCCUCUAUCCGCUUUCUAUCUUGCAAUAACAAUUUUCUUCUUUUCUUUCGCCAUUAUUAUUUCCUUUGCCUUUCACUUCCACUGCCAUUCUCACUAG